AUAAUUAAUUAAUAUUGUUUUUAUUUACAGAAAGGGUUCUUUUUCUUUUUUUUAGUGACGUCACAUUUACGCGACACACGGCGGUAAACAGUGUGACGUCAUCUCCGCUGCCGGUGGAUGGAGGAUGAAGGUGAAACAAUAAAGAAUAUAAAACCAGAGUUUAGAGGGUCUGAAACGUGACCCGGCUGACGUCACACAGGAGGGGGGGUCAUCAUGUUGAGUGUGGGGGGGUCGGUGAGGUCCGGCGUCCUGCAGCUUCCUGUACGAGGAGUCUGUUCUGCUGCAUUCAACAAGUCACCUCCACCUGGUCACACCUGGUCUACACCUCCGUCAGCCAGACUCACUGCAGUCCGCCGUCACAUGGUACCCGUCAGGACGCUGUCAGGUGGAAGGAUACUGUCAGACGUCACAACGCUGUCAGACGUCGAGACGCUGUCAGACUUCAGGACUCUGUCAGGAGUCGGGACGUUGUCAGACGUCAGGACGCUGUGUGUCGGGAUGUUGCCAGGUGUUGGGACGUUGACAGGUGGCGGGACGUUGCCAGGUGUCAGGACGUUGCCAGGUGUCGGGACGCUGUCAGGCGUUGGGACGCUAUCAGGUGUCAGGAGGCUCUCAGGAGUCGGGAUGCUGUCAGGUGUCAGGAGGUCAUCGGGUGUCGGGACGUUGCCAGGCGUCGGGAUGCUGUCAGGCGUCGGGACGCUGUCAGGCGUCAGGAGGCUCUCAGGUGGCGGCCGUGAUGACGGUGCAGGUGCAGCCGGCUGGUACGGCAGCCUCUCGGACUCAGCUCCAGUUCACCUGUGCGAACACUUCCUGGUCAGCACGCAGCAGGCGAGUGGGCUGCCGUGGUGGCUGAGCAUCGUCGUGGCUACGCUGUCAGUCAGGACACUCAUCACUCUGCCGCUCGCCACCUACCAGAUGGUCAUCAUUGCCAAGGUGGAGGCGCUGCAGGCGGAGAUCUCGCAGCUGGCGAAGAGGCUCCGAUAUGAAGUUUCAGUCCGAGCUGCAGAGAGAGGCUGGACGGAGAAACAGAGCCGGUUCCAGUUCAAGAAGAAUCUGCGUCGUAUUGUUUCUCAGCUCUACAUCAGAGACAACUGUCACCCUUUCAAAGCCAGUCUGCUGGUCUGGGUCCAGCUGCCUCUGUGGAUCAGCCUCUCUCUGGCCCUGCGAAACCUCAGUCUGGAUCAGUCUGGGCAGCCGUCUGAUCUGGCAGCAGGAGGCGCUCUGUGGUUCCCGGACCUCACCUUACCGGACUCCACCUGGAUCCUACCGGUCUGUCUGGGACUCACCAACCUGCUCAUCGUAGAGGUGUUUUCUCUUCAGAGAGUCAACCCGUCUCGUGUCCAGAGGAUCAUGACGAACGCCAUCAGAGCGUUCUCCGUGUUGAUGAUUCCCAUCGCUGCUGCAGUUCCUUCUUCCAUGGCGCUCUACUGGUUCACCUCCAGUCUAGUUGGAUUCAGUCACAACCUCGUCCUUCGUUCUCCUACCGUCCACAAACUCCUCAAACUCCAGACUCCUCGAUCGGAGUCUCCAUACAGAGACCUGCUGUCUGCCUUCAUCAGCAAAUACUGCAAAUAAAUACACAGAGUACUGCUAGUACACAUCGAAUACUUUAACUACAUCAUGUCCUCGUCACUGACUGUACUGUAUAUUUCCUCUGAAUGUUCUGACUGUUGAAGAUCUGAUAAACGUGUUGACAAACUCC